UCUGAGGCCCAUGUCCUGAAGUCAGAGAGCAGAGGAGGUCCAGGCAGUGCUAGGAGUCAAGGCAUUGCACUCAUGAUCAGGAUGACUGAGCUGAGCAAGCCCGAGGAAGACCUUCAGGACCCAGAGGCCUUGCCCCAGGAAGCUUUGAAUGAGAUGGUGGCUAACCUGAUGAAGUUCCUGCUGUUCGAGUAUCGGGCCAAGGAGAUGGCCUCCGAGGCGGAAAUGCUGAAGAAGGUCCUCAGGGAUAACAAGGAGCACUUUUCGGUGGUCUUCAGCCAAGCCUCAGAGUGCCUGCAGCUGGUCUGUGGUGUGGAGGUGAAGGAGGUAGACCCCAGGGAGCACAUCUACAUCAUGGUCCCCACCCUGGGCCUCACCUGUGAUGCGAUGCUGAGCAGUGGGAAGAGCAUGCCCAAGGCCUGCCUCCUGGUGCUGGUCCUCAGCCUGAUCAUGCAGAAUGGAGACUGCACUCCUAGGGAGGAUGUCUGGGGAGCACUCAGCAAGUGGGGAUGUUUGUCAGGAGGGAGCACUGUGUCUUAGGGGAGCCCAGGGAGCUGCUGACCCAAGUGUGGGUGCAGGAGGGGUACCUGGAG